AUGGUGGCGGCAACAGCAUCAAGUGAACCAAACAGUGUAUCUGCAAGGGAGGCUCACAGCGACAUUAUGCAGAGUGUGGAAGCUACGUUUGCCCAAUUCUGGCACGACCUGAACGAAAGGCUGCAUGCACACCCGGCGGCCCAGCCCACCACACCGAAAACAAGCAAGCCGAGCCGUCCUCACGUGAACAUGGGAAAAGCACCACCAUACCGACGGGUGGAACACAAGUAUCGAGUCGUGAACAGUGGGAAGAGACGCUCCACUCCAGGCAAGGCUGCAGGCCCAAGAUACCUGCCCAACAGCUACCGCAGAGGCUGGGGAUCCGCCGCUGGCAGCGACGUCACAGCAAGAGCUGCGGCUGUCACGUACCUCACAGAGACCUAG